AUGUCUUUCAACAUGAACUUCAACGAGGAGAGCAACGUUGCCUACCUCGGCACUAGCGAGGACCUCGAGUUCGGCGGCUACGGUGGCUUCCUCAAGGAGGGAGCCGACAUGCAGUUGUUCGGGGGUUUCGAAGAAACUCCUUCAUCUGCUGAUCGUGCUCUUUUCCAGAGCCUCUCCGCCUACAACAACAGCGUCAAUCCUGCCACUGUCUCGCCGCAGGAACUUUCCAUGGCGCCACCACAGUCGGCGUCUAUCCCCUCUUCCGCCAACAUCCCUGAGCUGACUCCUGCCGAGUCGCUUCUGUACUACACACCAGAGGUCGAGGGUCUGCCGUGGUUCUCUAACUCGGUCGACCCCUCUCCUCUGCUGCAGGACGACAUGGCACCUCCCACUGUUCUUCAACAUGGUGAUUCUCUGUUCGCCGCCGAGGACCCCAAGCCUGAUAUGCCUAAGCGAGGUGUGCCUAGUUGCGCAGAACUCAUGCGCCAGACCACCGACUCCCUCCCUCCGACUCCUAGGUCGGCUGUUCUUGGUCCGACCCCUUCAGGGGUUCGCAAGCCAGGCAGCAGAAAGGCCACUAGGCCACUCAAGGACAUCAACCUGGACUUGAUCACCGACGAGAAGGAGAGGAAGAAGGCCAAGAACACCGAGGCCGCUCGCAGGUCUCGAGCAAAGAAGGCCGACCAUGAGGCCGCGCUCGAGGCCAAGAUCGCCGAGCUCCAACGUGAGCUCGCGAUGGAGAAGGCAAAGAAUGAGCAGCUCCAGGCCUACAUCAACAGGGCACAGCCCAUGUAG